CUGCCCCAUUCUGAGUGGGAACUUCGAUUCACUUCGUUGCUUUAGAAGUUGCUUGUUUCUUCUUGAACGACGUGACAGGCAGGCGACAGGAUUUUUCCGCAAUGGCUCCCCGCAAAGAAGACAAAGUGAACCAAGAAGACGUCUCCUACAAGUCCGCCAAGCCAGGCCGGCUGUGUCGUCUGCGGCUGCCGCUCCUUGCAGGCGUGUUGGUGGGGCUCCUGACUGCAGGGCUCGCCCGUGGACAGUCUGUGGGUGAGUUCAGGGACACUGACCAGGGUCUUGUGGCAGUGAGGGCCCCCGGCAGCAAAACGUGCUACAUAGUCGAUGCUGGCUACACAGACCGUGACAACGAGGAGGAGGCAGACGACAGUGGGAAGUACGCGAUUUCCCUGGACGAGAGCCGCACCGACCAGCCCAAACUGAGCGGGGAUCCGGAGUUGAAGAAGUUCUGCGACGGCCUGACCCCGCAGUGGGCCACCGCUGAACCGGCGGCCGGAGCCACCCAUGCCGACGUCAUCGUGUACACCGGUACCCCCGACGAAGAACAGGAGAAACCUGGGAGAGGCCAAACUAAGUUUUUCGGCCGUCGUAGGUCAUCGUGGUGGCGUCGCCGUACUGUCUACCUACGCCGUCGCUCGGUGUGGCGUCGCCGCACCAUCUUCCGACGUCGUAGCUGGCUCGGAAAAUAGGCCUCGAACAUUCCGGUCGUAGCGCGUCGACGAAGCUUGAUCACACGAGCAUUGCAUGAAAGUAUGACCAACUCAUACAAGUAGUGUAGGUUUAGAGAUGUUGUGAACUGCUGAAUAGCUCAACACAGCAGUUUGUGGGCUUAUUUAGUCUAGUAUGCUGUUUCCGACAGGCGGGUGAGCCCAUAGCUGAGACUAGAAAAACUGGCAAUCCAAUCUGCACUGCGUCUAUAUUGGAGUUAAUAUCUGGUCCCUUUCCAUCGAUAUGUCAUGUAAGUCUCCUGCAUAAUGGUGUUUAGGGCUAUGUAUAUGUGCCAGGCUAGCACGGUUGAUAUAAAAGUAUUAUGAUGUUAUACACGUUGAGCGACCUAGUUUAGUAUAGCAAGAUUAAGGAUUUUACUGUGUAUCUAAUAAGUAGGUCUGAAUAUCAUAUUCGGAAUGAUGGCCUGUUAUGUAAACCUUUUGGAACAGAAAUUCUUUCCCAC